AUGGCGACUUUGAUGCAGAAAAUUAAGGACAUCGAAGAUGAGAUGGCUAGGACUCAAAAGAACAAGGCUACUGCCCAUCACUUGGGCUUGCUGAAGGCUAAACUUGCAAAGCUCAGGAGGGACCUACUUGAGCCUCCAUCAAAAGGUGGUGGUGGUGCGGGUGAAGGUUUUGAUGUCACUAAGAGCGGAGAUGCAAGAGUUGGUUUGGUGGGUUUCCCGUCAGUUGGGAAAUCUACACUGCUGAACAAAUUAACAGGGACCUUCUCAGAGGUUGCUUCCUAUGAAUUCACGACCUUGACUUGCAUCCCAGGUGUGAUCGUGUAUCGAGGUGCAAAAAUUCAGUUGUUAGAUCUACCUGGAAUUAUUGAGGGUGCUAAGGAUGGAAAAGGUAGAGGAAGACAGGUUAUCAGCACUGCUAGGACAUGCAAUUGCAUUUUAAUUGUUCUUGAUGCAAUAAAGCCAAUAACUCACAAGCGUCUAAUUGAGAAAGAGCUUGAGGGAUUUGGCAUAAGGUUAAACAAGGAACCACCUAACCUGACCUUCAGGAAGAAAGAUAAGGGUGGGAUUAAUUUCACGUCAACAGUUACCAACACGCAUCUGGAUCUUGAUACUGUGAAGGCAAUAUGUAGCGAAUACAGAAUUCACAAUGCUGAUAUCACUCUUAGGUUUGAUGCAACUGCUGAUGACCUCAUAGAUGUAAUUGAAGGCAGUAGGAUAUAUAUGCCUUGCAUCUAUGUUGUGAACAAGAUUGAUCAGAUUACACUUGAAGAGCUUGAGAUUUUGGAUAAACUUCCUCACUACUGUCCAGUCAGUGCUCACCUGGAAUGGAAUCUCGAUGGUUUGCUGGAAAAAAUAUGGGAGUAUCUUAAUUUAACUCGGAUAUAUACAAAACCUAAAGGGAUGAAUCCAGACUAUGAAGAUCCUGUGAUUCUGUCGUCUAAGACAAGAACGGUUGAGGAUUUCUGUGAACGGAUUCAUAAAGAUUUUAUUAAACAAUUUAAGUAUGCUCUGGUUUGGGGGUCAAGCGCGAAACACAAGCCCCAAAGAGUUGGCAAGGAGCAUCUCCUCGAAGAUGAAGAUGUUGUUCAGAUUAUCAAAAAGGUGUGA